AUGCGUUACCUGCAUGGGAGGAGCGUCAUCCCAGCAGUUGACGAUAGAAACAAUCUAUCAGCCAAUCAGAGUGUGCGCCCGUCCUCUCUUGCUUUGGCGAUUGAGAGCGUAGUCGGAGAGUACACACCAGAAUACCUUGGUGCAGAUGGCAACAGUUUCCACCCCAUGUUCAGUGUGGCCGUGAGCGUCCCGUACAAUGAAGACAAGUACAUGUAUGAUAUGAAUGAAGUCCCUGAUUCUGGUGAAGUUGUGAAGAAGACAAUUGUGAACUGUGAUGUAUACACAAGUGACAGAGUGGUGGCAGCCACAGUGCUGAGAUGGCCCAGUGUUCUAACUCAGUGUCCUAAAGGACCUUGUUCAAACAUGGCUGCUGCCGCCCGUCUGCUGACUGAAGAUCAGCUUCUGUGCUCCGUCUGUCUGGAUGUGUUCACUGAUCCGGUCAGCACGCCGUGUGGACACAACUUCUGCAAAGCCUGCAUGUGUAAAUACGCAGAUCCUGACGUCCCGUUCCAGUGUCCCGUCUGCAUGAAGAUGUUCUACCCAAAGCCCGAGCUGCAGGUCAACACUCUGAUCUCUGAGAUGGUCAAUGCCUUCAGACGCUCAGAGCAACAGCCAGGUAGACGGGUGGAGGUUCUCCAUGGGGAAGGCUUCAAACUGAUGGCGAUUGUGUGCAUGGUCUGCCUUUCAUUACUUUGGGACUGCAUGAAAUUCAAUCAUCCUCUGGCAGAAAUGAGUAAAGGAGAAAAACUGGUGAAGAUGGAGGCUGAAAUCCAGCAGACGAUCGAGGAGAUCCGACUGAAGAUUGAGGAGCUCAAACGCUCAGUGGAGCUCGGUAAAGAGGACGCAGACAGAGAGAUGGCAGAUGGCGUUCAGGUCUUUGCUGCUCUUAAAGAGUAUGUGGCCAAGCUCACGGAGACCAUCAGAGAGAAGCAGAGACAAACAGAGCUGCAGGCUGAAGGCUUCAUCAGAAAGAUGGAGCAGGACAUCCGUGAGCUGAAGAAGAGGAAGACGGAGAUGGAGCUGCUCUCUGUGCUUCAGCUGGAGGAGAAACUACCCAAGAUGCUCGCCAGGUUCGAGCUGAGGCGGGUUCAGAGCUACGCAGUGGACGUGACGUUUGAUCCAGACACAGCAAAUCCUUACCUCGUCCUGUCUGAUGAUGGGAAACAAGUUCGCGAUAGUGACGUGAGGCAGAAGCUUCCAGACAACCCAGAGAGAUUUUCUUACUGUAUUGAUGUUUUAGGAGAGCAGAGUUUCUCUUCAGGCAGAUUUUACUUUGAGGUUCAGGUUAAAGGAAAGACCGAGUGGACUUUAGGAGUGGCCACAGAGUCGACCAACAGGAAGGCUCAAAUCACACGGAGUCCUCGGGACGGUUUCUGGACUGUGAGGCUGAGAGAUGGAUACGAGUACAAAGCUAAGGCUGACCCUGAUGUCGCUCUCUCUCGCCGGUCUGGUCCUGAGAAGGUGGGGGUGUUUGUGGACUAUGAGGAGGGUCGGGUCUCCUUUUAUGACGUGUCUGCUGCAGCUCUGAUCUACUCCUUUACUGGCUGCUCCUUCACUCAGAAGCUCCGCCCAUUCUUCAGUCCCGGUCUGAAUGAUGAUGGUAGAAACUCUGCACCGCUAAUCAUCACCCCCAUUGAUUAG